AAUUAACAUUUCAACUCCUCAGGGGACAGUCUCCAGCUUUCGAAGAUUCACUCAAAAUUGACCUCCUUGAUCCAACCUGACUCGACUUACCUAUCUACACAGACUGCUUGUCUAAUUCUGGCUUCAGUUGGGUGAACAUUAGAGGCACAAGGAUGAAAAAAAUCACGGACAUAAUCAGCUCUUGGAUAAGGGAGAAAUUAGUAAACAGAGGCAAGUAGAAGAAGGUUGCAGUCAACAUGCUACCUCCCGCCAGCAUCACGAUGCAGCGAGGAGGAGAGGAAGGGGCGAUCAGGAACACGAGAAAGGAUUCCCAGAGAGGCCUGCUUCUCCAACUGCUUCCCCCCCAGCGCCCCACGGUGCAGCGGGGCUGCUGGUGUCUGGGGAGACCCGACCACUCUCUCCUCCCGCCCAGGGCGGGAAGGAGAACCACAGAGAUGCGGCGCCUCCGCCGUCCUAGAGAAGCCAUAGCGGCGAGGCACGCGGCUUCGGCCUCCAGCUGUUGGGGUCUGGGGCGCUGAGCGCGGCUGUCCAGAGCUGGCUGGCUGGACGAGGACCCGGCUCUCAUCCGGCGGCUCCCAGGACUAGGGUGUUGCGUCGGGCCGCUGGCCCCUGUGCUCGCCUACCCGGAGGGCCACCGGGCCAUGGCGGCCGCAGCCCUGGAGAGCGGAGCGCGCCUCCGCCGGGUCCUCGAGCUGUUGUCGGGACGGGCGCGCCCGGAGUCAGUGACCUUUGAGGAUGUGGCCGUCUACUUCUCUGAGAAUGAAUGGACAGGGCUGGCCCCUGCUCAGAGGGCCCUGUACAGAGAUGUGAUGCUGGAGAAUUAUGGGACUGUGGCUUCUCUGGCGGCAUUUCCAUUUCCCAAACCGACUCUGAUUUCCCAGCUGGAGCGAGGGGAAGCACCCUGGUGCUCAGAUCCUUGGGGAGCUCUGGAUGGAGAGGGUCCAAGGGCCAUCUCCUCAGGAUAUCCAUUUGUAAAGCCUGCUGGGAUCUCCCAUCUUGAGCAGCUGGAAGAGCCACUGAACUUGAAACUACCAGUAGAGAGUCCAGGCCUAAUUUAUACUGAGAACAUGUUGAAGAGUGAGAAAGAAGAUUUUAUUCUGAAAGAGGAAGUUUUUGAGGAGGCACAGGACCUCAUGGUGCUAUCAAGUGGAUCCCGGUGGUAUGGCUCCCAGGAGUUCUCCUUUGGAAAAACCUGUGAAGAGGAGAAAAGCAGGUUAAGGAGAUGGCCUAGCUACUCCAGUAGGAGAAAUUUGGAAAACACUACAAAUGACAUUGUAGAAGUGAUUGUCAAGGAUGAGAUGGUCUCAGUAGAAGAGGGUUCAGAGAAUACUGAUGUUAGUAACUACCUCAGGAUGCAUCAGAAAAUUCUAAAUGAGCAGAUAUUCUACAUAUGUGAAGAAUGUGGCAAAUGUUUUGAUCAAAAUGAAGACUUUGGUCAACAUCAAAGAACUCAUAAUGGAGACAAGGUCUAUGGAUGUAAGGAAUGUGGAAAGGCUUUCAGUUUUAGAUCUCAUUGCAUUGCACAUCAGAGAAUUCACAGUGGGGUGAAACCCUAUGAAUGUCAAGAAUGUGCCAAAGCCUUUGUUUGGAAGUCAAACCUGAUUAGGCAUCAGAGAAUACAUACUGGAGAAAAACCCUUUGAAUGUAAGGAAUGUGGGAAGGGCUUUAGUCAGAACACAAGUCUUAUACAACAUCUGCGAAUCCACACUGGGGAGAAACCAUACACGUGUAAGGAGUGUGGGAAAAGCUUUACUCGAAACCCAGCUCUUCUUAGGCAUCAGAGAAUCCACACUGGGGAGAAGCCUUAUGAAUGCAAAGAUUGUGGGAAAGGCUUCAUGUGGAACUCUGAUCUUGCACAGCAUCAGAGGGUCCACACUGGAGAGAAGCCUCAUGAAUGUACUGACUGUGGGAAAAGCUUCAUUUGCAAGGCGCACCUUAUCCGACAUCAAAGGAUCCAUACUGGGGAAAGACCCUAUAAGUGUAAUGACUGUGGGAAGGCCUUCAGUCAGAAUUCUGUCUUGAUUAAGCACCAAAGGCGCCAUGCUAAAGAGAAACCCUAUAACUGUUGGACCUCUCACAUUCUUGAACAUUAGAGAUGCAUAUUGGUGAUCCUUGCUUAUAAUUUAUAGGCUACAGGAGCCCCAGAGACAAAUGAGAUUCCCUUCCACAAUUUGCUAUAAUCGUAAUAGCCAGUAUUAUCUUGCCCCUUCCCUUGAACAGAUACCACUCUAGUAAGUCUAGAUCCUCUGUACUACUGUAUUUAUAUGAAGCACCACUUUAUUAAGCAGACCUUUCUUCCUCUUCUACGUGUAACCAGUACCACCCAAGUUAGUAUCUAAUUAUAUGCUAUCUCAUGUUUUUCAAACAGUAUCAUGUCUCUUAGUUUUGACUCCAUCUGAUUAACUCUUUGAAGACCAAUAUUGCAUUUCUUUUGUUUCUCAAGUUUUAAGCUUAUUUUUUAAAUACUAGAUAGAGCAUGCUCAUGAUUUUUUUUUUCAAAAGGAGUUCUGAAGGGUCUCAGUGAAAUGUUUGUCUCCCAGUUCUCCCCAGAAGCAAUCACUUUUAUAGGUUGUGAAUCUUUUUGGAGAUUUCCUGUAUAUGCAAAUUUUAAUAUUGCUUUUCAUAAGUCUUUCUCACAGAAAACCUUAUUUGAUAUGGGUCACAUUUGCCAACUUCAGGACUUUCCCUUACUCUGAAGUUGUGGUCCUUCUGGAGGUCAUCAGGGUAACUUAAGGAAAGCAGCAGAAAGGGGUUUAUGUUGUGCAAUGCUGAGAGACCACAUUGUCCUAUGUUAUGAGACAGCACUCUAGGAUUGGGAAAAUGUAAACCCUGUCAAGAUUUUUUUUUUCAUAAAAAUAUGUACAGUUAAAACCCUUUACUGCUCUAUUAUCCUAAAUCUCCCAGCCUGUCCCCUACUCAUCACCAUGAUAGUCCAUAUCCUAAAAUAAGUCAUGGGGCCAUCACCAAGGGUGGGAGAUAGUGGUUACUCUGGUGGUGGUUAAUGCUCUGUUAGGUAACAUCCUUCAGUUAGCAGUUGAAAAAUUCCCAUAUAACCCAAUGUCUUGGUAUCAGAAUUAAAUUCUUCCUAGGCCCAGAAUCAGAGAAAACAAAUACUAGGAAUACAUAGACUCUAUGCAGGAAAGUAAGGAAGCCUAAAAUUAACUCCUUUUGAAAUCAAGAGUCUGAUUUCAACAUUUUAGAAGGAGAAUACAAGCUGCCAGUACUGUGAAGAUGCAGGAUAUUAGAAAGUGGCCCUAACCACUUAAAGGUUGAGAGGAUGAAAGGCCUUGUUCAGCGGAGAAUGUUGAUCCAAACAGAUUUGAAACACGAGACUCUUCACCUGUAGAACCACUUUUUGUGGAUGGUGCAGUUUGCUUCACUGUUGCUGAGGCAUCCCGUUUUGUUGACCAAGGAGCAAGGAAGAGAAACCAUGGGCCUGCCUGCACCAAACUUCUGCUUCCUGAAAAAUCAUAAAUAUUGGUAACUUUAGAGUUCCUGAUUGCUGAAACCUAAUGUCAUUUAAUAAAGUGAACUUUUUCCAGGGUAGCCCAGCUUGGGUAACAUCUAAUAAGCAGUAAAACUUGUGUACCACAUGGAACCAAGAAAUGGAAAUGACUGAUGUGAACAGUGGGAAGUUGUAUGCAAAUAUUAUUUGGGAAACUACUUGUGUGAAAAGCACUCUGCCAGGUGCUUUUUAAAUAAGUCAGACCUGUUCCUGCCUUCCUGGAACAUUUAACCUAAUGGGAGAGAGUACCCCUUCAGGAUAAUUAGACAAAAUUAGUAAAAGUCUUAAUGUGAUGAAGAAAAUGAGCAAGGUACUGAGAGGGACUGAUGGGAGGGGCCCACUUAAUAUAGGUGAUCAGUGAAGGCCUAUCCUAAGAGGUAACAUUAAAACCUAGAAUGUGAGACAGCACUUUCUACAUAGAAAUCAUUUCUACAUAGAAAUGAUUUGUAAAAGGACAAGAAUGGAAGAAAUGUGAGAAAGAGCCUCUUAAGAACAAGAACAACAGCAGGCAGAGGGAACAGCUGUGAAGACUCCCUGCUGUAUGAGGAGCUUGGUAUGUUCAAGAAACCAAAAGAGAGGCUGGGGAUAUAGCUCAGUGUAGAGCAUAUGCUUUGCAUUUGCAAGGCCCUGGGUUCAAAUAAACAUACUACCAUUCACACAUACACACACACACACACACACAAAAGAGUUUUAGAUAUGGUAUAACAAUGAAAGGUGUAAGGCACAAAUUGGGUUUGGAGGGAAUUAGGCCAGAAUAUUGUUUUUCUUUGAAUGAAAAGAAGCCAUCCAAUGGAAGAGUGAUACUUUGAGUCAUGCUUUAAGAUGGUCACUCUGCUACAUAGAAAUGAUUUGUAAAAGGACCAGAAUGGAAGGAGAGAUUAUGUUGGAGACUGUAGUAGCCCAGGUUGGAAAGGAUGAUGGCCCAGAGAGACUAGUGGUAGUGGAGACAGAAGUAGGUGGAUGUAUUUUGGAAAUAAAGCCAUAAUGUGCAGGUGGAUUCAAUACAAGGAGUAAUGGACUAGGAGGGGUCAGGGGUAGUUUUCUGAUUUGAAAAAGUGAGUGAGCCAUUGAUUGUAAUGGAUGAAACUAGAAGAGGAAUAGGCUUGGGAGGGGAGAAGUCAAUAGCCCUUAUUUUGGAUUAACACAUUUGAGAUAUGGAUGAGAUGUUCAAGUUGGCCAUUGCAUAUUAUGGGCUAGAAUACCAUGUUAGCCAUGAUUAAAGCUGUUUAUUUGGGAGAUAUCAAAUGAGCAGGAGACAUAAAGGAUGGAAAGCAAUGAACAAAACCCCCUAGAGGAUGGGAAGAAAUGUAUGAAAUCUAGAGCUGUACUGUCCAAUACAGAAGCCACUAGCCACAUGUGGCUAUUUAAAAUUUCAAAUGCAGUUCUUUUAGACACAUUUCAAGCAUAUCAUAUGUGGCCACCUUUCAAGCAUACCAUAUGUAGCCAUCUUAUUAUGUAGCAUAGAUUUAGAAGAUUUCCAUCAUUGCAGAAAGUUCUACACAGUGCUGCCUUCAAGAUGUAGCAAGGUACCAAGACCCCAGGAUAGAGAACUAUGGAAUAUCAAUUCAGUAUUUAGGGAGCUGGAUAGAGGGAGGUACCAGCAAGGCAUGCUAAGAAAGGGCAGCCCUGAGGUGUUGACAACACUACAGGCAGCUGUUGAAAUAGGGUUGAAACAAGGACAAGGGCUGCUAGAAGGUGAUGGUCGAAAGCCUAAAUAUUCAUAAGCUCCCAAAAUCAGAAUGAUGAAUAUGUGCUGGAUGAGGUCAGUAUCUUAAAAAUUGGAAAGAGAGUUUACACAUCAGAAGCCUGAGGAAGUAGAAUCAUGAAAGAGAAGGAACAGUUUGGACCUACCAAGGAGCAUCAGGGAAGGUGAUCCACCCUAGGAAUGCCAUUUCUCAAAGAUGGAAAUGUUUGUAGGUUGAGUGGUUGGGUGGCAAGAUUCAUAAGUAACAUAACGAGAAGUACCAAAUACAGCAAAAGAUAGGUAUUCUAAAGGAUUAAGAAGAUGCAGGUGGAAAUGGGUGGCCCCUACUAGGAGAGUUCCAACUGUUUUUUUCCUUACCAGAGGUCUGCCUAUAGGCAGGACUUAGAAGCCCUAAGUUCCUAUCAUAGACUAUAUAGGAAUCAUAGCAUGAAAGAUGUAAUUUUUAAUGACACUUUCUAAACAUGUAAAAGUCAGAAGAUAAAAAAAUUAAUACUUAGUUUCUAAAUUUUGGAGAAAGAUAAACAGUGGAAAUUAACAUUUUCUGAUAAGUUACAAUAAUAAUAUAUUAAAAGCAGAAAAUUGAUUAUGGUAAAAUUUUGUCUUCAAUUUAAAAAAAAACAUAGGAUUAGAAAAUGUGGAUGUAGGGAAUUAAAUACUGAAAAGUAGCUAACCUAUCCAGAAUUCCCUAGGGGAAUGAAUAAGUCCCUGCUAUAUUGCAAGCUGUAGCCAGUUAAAAGUAUCCUGUGUUAGAAGCAACUCAAUUGCAAAUUCAUGCCUGCAAUUCUGAGCAUCUGCCUUUGAGGCUUUCAGUUAGGACUCUGAAAUUGUCAUCUCUGACUUGUUUUCUAUCAUCUGUUCAACUCCUUUCUGGCAAGAGUAACCCAAAUAUUCUUUGGGAAGGUAUCCGUUCUCAGCUAGGUGGUUUGGAUCCACCCACAGUUUCAUGAGUUUCAUGUCACAACCCUGUUUAGCUUGUCAAGUCAGCUUUCCCAUCCCUUUGGCCACAAAGCUAGUGUGGCAUGAGAUAUUUACUGAGUCUUCUGGAAGAAUGACUUUUUUAUCUUUGAAAGCUACCAAAAGAGAUAUUCCCUGUCCCUUGUGUGUCAUGUAAGAAAAUGUUAGGCCUGGGACCCUAGGAACUAUUUUUUUUCUAUGAAAAGGGGAGAUCUAAAACUUCCAGAUGAUACCUCGUAGAGCCUGUGGAUAAAGCUAAUGCCAAAGAGAACAGUGGCAAAACGGGGAAACUAGUUCCUUGCCAACAUCGUUUGAGCCACUAGGUCAAGCAUGGCCUGAAGCAGACCUACUUCUAAACUUUUUAGCUAUAUGAGCUGAUAAAAUAUUUUGUUAAACUAGAUAGAUUGAGGGGCUGGGGUUGUGGCUCAGUGGUAGAGUGCUCACCUAGCAUGCACGAGGCACUGGGUUCGAUCCUCAGCACCACAUAAAUGUAAAAUAAAGAUAUGGUGUCCAUCUAAAAGUAAAGAAUAAAUAAAUAAAUAGCUAGUUAGAUUGAGUUUUCUGUCAUUUGUAACAGACUUUUAUUUGUAAGCUCUGUUUUAUCAUACAGCCCCUUACUAUUGCAUCCCCCCCUUUUUUUAGUAGUAAUACAAGCUACUUAUUUUUAUCUCAGUUGCACAGAGGUUGAGUGACUAAGGUGACUUUUGUGUCCUAAAGUUGAUUUCAUAAAUACCACCUAACUGAUCUUUUAAGUCACUCCAUAACAUUCCUUCCAAACUUGAUGAAAACAAACUCAUUCCCAGAUCCUUUAGUACAUAGCUUCCUAUCUUCCUAUCUUCCUAACUUGCUCUAUGUAAUUUUUUUAAACCACAUUCACUUCUAUGUUAAGUCAGAUCAUUGUGGAAUAACAAGGUGUUAGGUUGAGAUCUACUAGGUACUUAGUUAUUAUUGCUGAGUUCAUACCUCGUGACAGAGCCUAUACGGCUCAAAGUCAUUUCUGUGGUUGAGUUGAAAGUUGCUUUAUAGAGUGAAAAGUUACUUUCUUAUUUUAGCAACAAAAAAGAAAAAAAAACUGGCUUUAAUCAUUUUUUCUUCAUAUUUUUUCCCCUAAAGAAAGGCUGUCUGUGUCUGGUUCAAGUGAUACACACGUUAGAGUUGAGCAGUGGUGUUUCUCAGCCCACCCUCAUUCCAGCAUGUCCAGUCCAAUCAGAACUAUAGUAUCCAGCAUGAAUGGAGCUUGAGACCCAGUUCCUUCUGAUUUUUACCAUAUUGUACCCACUAAAUUUAGUAAAAAUUUAUUCAUUUGUUUUCAGGUGAUAUAUAACAAAUGUAUUUUAAUUCUAUUGCUAGUAAAAAGAAAGAAGAAAGAAUUGUUGCGUAAGAAGAAAUCAGAAAGUAAGUUUGUUAAUUAGAAAGCAAGUGGAGUCUUGGGAAGUGUCCUCCUCUAUAGGUUUCUUUUAUCUUGGAAUGAGUUUUCUGCCCAUCAGGAGUAUUCUGGGAGACUGACAUAGUUUUUGGUUCUGCCUCCUUCUGAUUUGAGAAAUUAUUAAUUCUGAAUGCAUGGAAUCUAACUGCCAGGCCUCAAAUAUACAUUAUUAUUUUUCUAGGAGGCUGAAGAAAUCUUCAUACAAAUAGAGCUGAGCUCCCUGAAAUAUCUGCCCUAGGUGUGGCAGAUCAGAUUACCUGAUGUUCCUUUGAAAACAUGCCAAUCUGUAUGAAUGGGCAUGAGAAAAAGAGGGAGGUGUGCAUGCUGGAAAUUUAUGGUUAAUGAGAUUAAAAAUAAACAAGCCAGGAUACAUAAGAUAAAAGGCAUUCUGAAAAAAGUGACCGAAAUACUGGAAGGAAGCAUGAGUGAUGAUGUAAAUAUAGACAUUGAAAAUCAACGCAGAGCAUAUACAUCUGUCCAUAAAGCCUUAAUGCUAACUCCACCUACAUUGGGUCCACAUGCUCCUCCUGCCCCUCAAAGUGGAGUUGUUCUUUGGACUAGUUGUUAGCUAUACUUCUUCUACAUUUCUUUUCUACCCCUCAUUUCUUAACCCAUAGAGAUUGACUUCCACUUCCACUAAACUCCCUAAGCUAAGAUUACUAGCACAACUGGCUUCUUUGGCUCCACCUUCUCUAUGGUCUUUUUCUCUGUUGAUCACUUACACACCCUGAAAAUGUCUUCCCUUGACUCCCAGGAUGCUACUUUCUCCAUAUGUAUAAGAAUUGCCAUUCUUAAAAUGGCAAUCUAAUCGUAUCACUCCCUUUCUAAAAAUCCUUUAAUGGUUUUCUGUUACUUGUAAAACAAAAUCCAAAUUUCUUAGGUACAUAUUCAAAACUGUAUUGCUAAUUUGUUUAAUCUAUGAUUUGGUUCUCUCUCCCUUCCAUCUCCCCUUAGGUUAACUUCAACCCUCCUUUUCUUUCAAAUUCUCAAUCAUGUCUUUCUCUUUCAUAGAAUGAGUGGAUGUAUUUGUAUAGGCCAGUGGUUCUCAAUGGGAGGUAAUUUUGCUUCCCUAUCAAAGGGACAUUUGGCAUUUUUCAGACAUUUUUUGUUGUCACAAUUGGUGGUGGCCUGCUUCUGGCAUCUAUUGGGUAAAGGUCAAAGAUGAUGCUAAAUAUACCAAAAUGCAGAGGAUGCUGCCUGGAAUAGAAUCAGAUCCCACAGGUUAAGGGUGUAGUCCCUUAAGACUGCCUCCUACUUCAGACAUCAAUGACAAUGGGUUAUCACCUAUACUUCUGGCCGAGUGGCUCUGAAUCAGGGUUCACGUUUUUUCUUCUUAGGUUUCAUUAAUUUGCAAGGACAUCUUGGAAGUCAAGGACACAUGUUUACCACUUUAUUUUAAAGGUUAUUACAAAAUUCCCAGCUAUUUGAGUCUGAGAUAGGAGAAUUGCAAAUUAGAGGCCUACAGUAAAAACUGGGGAUAUAGCUCAAAAGUAGAGCACUUGCUUAGUAUGUACAAAGCCCUAGGUUCCAUUUCCCAAAACCCAAGAAAACAAAACUACAAAAUAGAUAAAUGGCUGGAUGAAAGAGAUGCACAGGCCAAGGUAUAAUGAUAAGGAUGAGAAGAUUCCUGGAUAAGUACUUCUAUAUGCUCAGCAUUCCAGAAGCUGUCUGGACCCUGAACUUUUUAGUUUUAAUGGGGCUUCAUUACAUAGGCAUUAUUGAUUAAAUUCUUAGCUGUUGGAUGUCGGGGGUUUUCAGCCCCACCCCCACACCAGUGGGAGAACCUGGGAAAGCACGCCCCGACCAGGAUGAGCCAAGAAAGGUAAAGGUUGACUAGCGGCCCACAACCAGCCCUCCCUUGCAGACACUCCAGGGAGAAGAGUCAAAGCAGGAUCUUGUUUAUUGAGGAAGUACAUACAGCUUAUAUUCUGCACAGGAGCCAAUCAGGAUAAACGUCAGAGGGGUGGAGCGAGUUCACGUGUACACCCAUCCCAUAGUCCAUAAGGGAAGGCACGAACUGUCCCCGAGGGCAGAAGAGUCCUGGACCUGUCCUGGAGGUGGUCCGCCUUUUCCAUCACCACUCACAGCACCGCCUCCUGGCUGAUCGCCAGGCGCCAUCCCAGCCACAUGGGUGGCCCCAAGACCAUGAAGUGGGCAGCAAGUUAUGCCCUACAGUUGGUGAUCAACUUAACUUUAAGCCCUUCUCCCUGAAGAAUCCAUUCUUGUGUCCUAGGGAUGCAGUCUUGUCCCUAUUUUUUUUUUUAACCCUACUAUUCUGGGCAUCCUAGACUUGCCCUCUAAUUUUAUUACCUUUUUUGUUUUUACCUCUUUGUUUCUGGGAGAUUUUUUUUCCUUCCAAUUCCCCUCACCUCUUUUGUUGUGGUGCUGGGGAUUGAACCCAGGGCCUUGUGCAUGCGAGGCAAGCAUUCUACCAACUGAGCUAUAGCCCCAGCCCUUGUCCCUAUUUUUAACUCUAAGUGUUCCUACGUGUCAGGAUUAUUCAGCUCUCUGUCUAAGCACUUAAAUGCAUGCCCACUAUCACACUUAGACCUAGGCUGAAAACAGUAUGACCCAGGACCUGUGCCUCAAGGGGUUCUGAAUUUUGGAGGUCUUCCUCUAUAUUUUUAAGUCGCCUACAGUUGCCUGGGUGUGGCUGAGCCUAAUUAUACUAUCAAAUAGGGCAGGGGGCUUCCAAAAACAGACUGUAACUUAAGUGGGCCCUUCUCCAUAUUUCUUCCCUCUGGGACACUUUGUGACCUUUUCUCCAGUGGGAAGUUGACCAAGAAUCCCGAAGGACACCACAAAGGUGCCAACAAUGAUUUUGGGUGACUCUCACUCAUGUCAGGCACAGUGUGAAUUCAGGGGUCUGGAUUGCUAAAGGUCCGCUGCCAACCCUUAGGUCUUAGUUGCAUGUGGGAACCCUUAUGUCAGCUCUUGCUCACUUGUGUUCCUACUUUAAUGCUCUCUGUCAUCUACAACACCCAAGGACAAUGGUUGUGAUAGCAAAAUCUUCUCUUCUGCAGUCCUCACUCUUGGUAUCUAGCACACUCACUCUACCUGCUCCAUGGUCUCUGAACAACAUCAGGAGGUUCCCUGGGCGUGACCUCACCUUAUCACCUCUGGGGGCUUUCAGCAGAAUUUACUGAUAGAUGUCAUUUCUUAACCUCUUAUUGAUGCAAUGAUGCUAUGGUGUCCUGGGUCAUUCUUAAACUGCUGGAUGGGAGAUGGAUAUUUCUUGGAUGAAUUGAACUGCCCCACCCAUGGGUCUAUUGCUUAUCUUCUCUGCUGGUGGUUGGUUUGAAAGGAAAAGGUUCGAGAAGUACUAAAAAGGUAUAUUCUAAGAAUGCAAUGAUUAUUGCAACUCAAGAGAAAUCAUAGUUGUACAAAGUGUGAUUCAUUGAUAAUGGGACAACAGUCAUGGUAAUUUUAACAUGACCAGAAAAAGAAUUUACCAUUUACAUUUUCCUGCAUAUUCUGGGUAAACCUUGUAUUUGUAGCCAUUUUAACAAACUUUAAGAUAGUCAUUGGAAGCAAAUAUUCAUAGAUAGUAUGACGAUGCAAUGUCAUGAGUAAUGUAACUAGCUUUAAAUAAAUGGUAUGAGGGAACCAAGUGUCACAAGAGAUCCAUGUUGUUUCAAUGCAGUGAAGAAUUUGAAGAUUUCAAGGGCAAUCAAGGACCAUAAGAUGGCAGUGUUGCACAAGUUUUAUUAGGCAGCUCUUCCACAGGAUUGUGUAAAAGGGAAUGUUCUUUACAGAAACUUUCCAGAGACUAUGAGGCCACCACUCAGAAGAGAAGGAGAGCAAGGGAAUUCUUGGGAGAGAGGGGAAAUAAGGAAAGACAGUGUUUACAUGUCUAAGCAAUGUUGCUCAGCAGUAAGGUGGGGGUCAAUGAGCUCUGAAAGGCAGCAGUGCUUUGGAGGUCUUAUAUAGCUGUAGGGUGGGUUUGUCUUAUCUAUGACUAACAAAUGUUAGGUGCAUUUUUCAUGGAUUAUGCACAGCAGGAAGCUUCUAAAUGGCUAAACAAAUGCUCAUUUAGGUUAUAUUUAAAGCAACUGGAUAUGUAAGAAAUUUUCUUUUUUUUUUUAGAAAUUUUCAAAUGUGUAAAAAAUGUACUUAAAUAUGUGUACCCUUAAAACUUGAUAUAAAUUCCUUAUGUUUAUAAGUUAUUACACAAUCACAAUGGAAACUUCAAAUUCAACAAUUUUCAAACUCAAUCAACUUACUAUUAGAGAUUACAACGUUUGCUGAAAUUAAAUAGCUGUUCUAUAUGCAUAUUAUACCAACCACUCUGGAAUAGAUUCUUUUGAUUUUUCCUCAUUCUACCUACCCGACCAUAUAUUGUAUGAUGAGAAGAGAGUGAGAUCCUAAUUCCUGCUCUGCCAUAUUUAAAGGUCUUUUGGAGGUGAUCAGUGAAGUUCCUAUAAGAAGCCAACCACUGAGGACUUGAGACAAAAUUACCAUGAAAGGGUUGACCCAGGUCCCACAAAAGGCCCACUGGGUCCUGGGGAAGUGUUGGCUUCAGUCGUGUAUGGCUGAGGGUGGAUGCUCCUCUUGGGCUCUGGCCUUUUGGCAGAGUGGUUGUUUUUAGGGAACAGCAAUUGAGCAUGAGUGAAAGAGAGAGCUGUAAGCUUUGAACUCCGUGUGGGAUAUCAUAGUGGCUAGAGGAGCAAGACAAGUGAGGACAUCUGGAAAAGCAAGCCAGGGAAGCAAGUCUAAAUCAGGUUAAAAAAAAAAAAAAGUUAUAUGCAAGGCUGCUUGCUUCCUCCUUUAUUCUUGGUCUUCCAACACAAGACAAAAAA